AUGUCUAAAAUUAUUAUUUGAUGGAACAGAUGCCAUUGUGCCCUGUAGAUCUAUUUAUUUUAAUAGUACAAAAGUAAACAUUAUUUAAACCUGACUUUAUCUCGCACAAAUUUAGCUUGGUGCGUAUGUGAUUAAAUUUCAGUUAUCAAGAUAAGAUUUCACAACAAACUUGACCACUGUUGUCUGAAGAACAAAAUGUCAAAUAUACAAAAAUCUCAGGAUAAUAAUAAUGUGUUCCGAUUAUUUACAUUUUUACAUACAUUCAGUACAAUCUUGUUAUUUGGAGUUACUUUAUUUCAAUUUCUACAAAUAGAAAUUUUAAAAGAAGAUAUUCAAUUGAUUAAAGAAAGCCUUCCUGUAAAAGACUCUAGCAACAACAUUGGUGUCAGUAGACGACAGUUACAACCAACACUCACAUUAACAGAUUUACAAAAUGAAAUACAAAAAUAUUGUUUAUCAAAUGGAACAGUCUUGUGUUCAGGUGGACCUCAAGGACCCAAAGGUGACAGGGGCAAUGAUGGUUUGCCAGGUUUCAACGGUACAGACGGUACAGACGGUACUCCUGGUAUAAAAGGAGAACCUGGAAUCCCUGGUUUAGAUGGUCAACAAGGAUAUAAUGGUACUGAUGGUUUAAAAGGUGAUAAAGGUAACCCUGGUAUUGAUGGUAAGCCGGGAUCUAAUGGAACUAAUGGACUCGCUGGUCUUCCAGGAGUACAAGGCUCUAAAGGUGACAUAGGAGCUCCGGGGAUAAAUGGUUCUGAUGGAGUAAAAGGUGAAAAAGGAGAAAUGGGUCUACAAGGGUAUAAUGGCACCGAUGGUGCAAAAGGUGUACAGGGCCAGACGGGUUUAACAGGUUCAAAGGGAGAUAAAGGUGUAACAGGUGAUCCGGGUGUGAAUGGAACUGAUGGAUCACCAGGUAUACCUGGCUCUAAGGGACAGCAAGGAAUUAUAGGACCACCAGGAAAUGAUGGGAUGCCUGGUAUGAACGGGACAGAUGGUGUUAAGGGUGACAUGGGUUCAAAGGGUGAUAAAGGCGACGUUGGUUUUAAUGGGCUUAAAGGUGAUAUAGGAAAUCAAGGACCUAAAGGUGAACAAGGAAUGAGAGGAGAUCAAGGCUAUAACGGUACUAAAGGAGAACCUGGAGUAAAGGGUGAUAUCGGUGCAACAGGUCUACAUGGUUUACCUGGACAGAAAGGAGAAAUGGGAAUACAAGGUAAACAGGGCCUAAUAGGACCUAAAGGUGCAAACGGAUUAGUUGGAAACAAAGGAGAUCGUGGUAUGCAAGGAAUUAAAGGAGAAACAGGUGGAAUCGGUAGUACCGGUAACCCAGGAAAUAAGGGAGAGAAAGGUGUCAUUGGUUUAACAGGUAUACAAGGUAUAAAAGGAGAAAUGGGCUCUGUAGGAAUUGAUGGACUGAAUGGUACCGAUGGCAAACCUGGCCCAGAAGGACCGAAAGGAGAUAAGGGUCUGAUAGGUCAACCGGGUAUGAAAGGAAAUAAGGGUGACAGUGGAAUAGAUGGUGUCAAUGGAACAGAUGGUCUUGCGGGAAAACCAGGAAUGAAAGGGGAACAAGGUCAGAAGGGAGUACAUGGCCUUUCUGGAUUACCCGGUCAAAAGGGAGAGAAAGGAAUGAAAGGCAUACAUGGAACAAAUGGUAUUGAUGGAAUUCCUGGUGUGAACGGAACGAAAGGCGAACAUGGCGACCCUGGAGUUAAAGGAGAACCUGGUAAAAUAGGAUUAUCAGGUGUUGACGGGUCUCCAGGAUUAAAUGGUACAAAAGGAGAAAAGGGAGAUACAGGACAGCAAGGUGUUCAGGGAAUACAAGGCUAUAAAGGAGAAGCAGGAGCAAAUGGGCAGAAAGGAGAGGUAGGAAGUAAAGGUACUAAAGGUGAUAUCGGCGAAAAAGGAGAAAACGGAACAAUGGGGUUGCCAGGACAGGACGGCAGCAAAGGAGCAGCUGGAAGUCCGGGCCUAAAAGGGGAAAAUGGACAAAAAGGUGACAAAGGUAAUAUGGGUCAGCAAGGUAGCCAAGGAAACGUUGGUUUAAAAGGUGACUCCGGUUUGCCGGGUUUGAAGGGGGAGAAAGGGGAUGUCGGACAGCAAGGUAUUAAAGGAUCACUCGGACAAAAGGGAGAAAUGGGUAAACAUGGUUUGUCCGGAUUACCGGGUACUCAAGGAACAAAGGGAGAACCCGGAAAUGAUGGAGCGCCAGGAAAUAAAGGUGAAAUGGGGUCAGUCGGACCUACUGGUCCGAAAGGUGAAACUGGGGUACCUGGAAAGGCUGGAGUUAAAGGGGAAAAGGGUUACGCUGGUAUGAAAGGAGCUCCCGGCGGAGAAGGUCCGGUCGGACCUAAGGGUGAUCCAGGUAUCAAAGGGGUACAAGGUUAUACUGGUGCACAAGGGAUUAAAGGUGAAAAGGGCGAGGAAGGAAAUGCACCGUCCAAUAACUGCUGCCAGAAUUUACAAGUUCCAGUAUUUCAAGGAGGGUCAAAUGAUUUACAAAUAACUACAAAUGUUGGAAACACCGUAUUGUUGCCGUGUGUAGCAGACGGUAAUCCUACACCGGAUAUCACGUGGGAGAGAGAAAAUGGAGAAAUCCCUAGUAACAGAACUGUUACGACACCAAUAGGAAUAGCCAUUGAUUCUGUAAAACUAACCGACUCUGGAAGGUAUACAUGCAAGGCGACUAAUAUACUCGGAACAACAACGAAAACAAUUAUUUUGGUUGUAGAUUCAAAACAGCCAGUGAUUUCAGCGUUGAGGAAGUUUGUAUCUGUAAGUCCAGGUGAUUCUGUUGACGAUGGAUGUAUUGUAGAGAACGUUAAUCAACAUACAACUACCUACUCUAAAAUACACGGCGGCCUACCAACUCAUCAAAUAUUACCUAAUGAAGAUAUAAUAUUCAGGUUUGAGUCUACCAAAGAUUCAGGAGAAUAUCAGUGCCAGGCAAUCACAGAUAAAGGGACAUUUUCUGCAUCGUUUUAUGUGUACCACAAUAUGACGUCAUUCACGUGUGAUACUAUGUUUCAAGUAUGCGGACAGGACGGUGCUAUUUGUGGCGGAACAUGUCCUAAAAGAUGUGCAAAUCUAAAUCCCCAGUUUGUAGCAACAGGAUACGCCGUCAAUCUGCCGAUAUGUCGUGCGGCGGUAAACAAUGGAAGGGUCAAUGAGAAUGGAGGUGAUGUAGUAUUCCAGGUGUAUCAGAACCAAAACGUAUUGGAGGCAAAGUUUUUGGAUUAUACUAGUUGAAUGCUUUGUUAUUGGUAUUUAAUUGAUUAAAUGUUUUUAAAAAAUCUUAGAUUUUAUUUUUUCCUCUCCUUAUUUUUGAACAAAU